ACUGACAACUUUCAAUAGCCGAUGAAAUAAAAACUGGCAGAUAUUCUUCUACAUCAAUAUCUGCCACGUGAAGUAUCAUCAGUAUUGGAGAUCAAAAUGACACAUUCCCGGCAUGACAUAGAGGCGGAUGUUCAAGAAUUUAUAACAACAUACAACCACCCCCUCCAUGAAGCUGCACGUCAGGGCAAAGCUGAUGUAGUGCGGCAUCUCAUCGAGGAGAAGGACUUCUUCGUGAAUCAUCAAACCUUUGAUCUGGUCACCCCUCUCCAUCACGCAUGCUUACAUGGGAGACAGAAAGUCAUCAAGUUUCUCCUGGAAAAAGGGGCUAUGGUAAAUGCCCGUAAUAUAGAUGGCGCCACCCCACUCUGUGAUGCUUGUUGUUAUGGUGACAUAGAGGUUGUGCAUCUGCUGUUGUCACAUGGUGCUGAUGUCAAUCCGCUGUUACUGCUGUCGUCACCGCUUCAUGAAGCUGUACUUAGAGACAAUUCGCAGUGUGCCAGCAUUCUACUGGAUGCCGGGGCUAACCUGAUGGCGACAGACAGUCAUUACGGCACCCCGCUGCAUGUUGCUGCAUACAAGGGCAGCCAGGCUUGUGCGGAGGUGCUGCUUCGAGCAGGUGCCGACGUUAAUACUCGUCAGAUCCACAAGAUGCCUAUCCAUGACGUAGCUCGACUCCAGGACUGUGAGUUCCUGUCUCUCCUCCUGGAGCAUGGUGCCAACGUGUAUGCCCGAGACAACCGUGGACGGACCCCACGAGACCUGGUCCCUAGUAGUACCCACCCGGCUAAACAACUUCUGCUGCACUGGGAGAUGGCUGUGAAAUCACUUCAACAUCUGUGUCGGCUGGUGGUCCGACAUGAGCUCCACAAACAAAGACGUCUGUCUCAAGUUGACCGUCUGGCUUUACCAAAGUUUCUCAAGGAUUAUCUUGCCUUUGUAUAGACAGCAAUAACCGGAGACAGCCUAGUAUAAAUCACAACUUUACAGUGGAGAUGCCUUUACAUGUGUACACUGCACCAACAUAGGAUGAUCUCAUGUGUUCGUUACUGACGCUGCGGUACACAAAAACACUGGAAUACAAAUCUGGACAGGUUUCAUGCAGAACCUUAUGUGGAUCCCAGUCCAUGAUUAUACCUGUAAAUAUUCUUCCACAGAAGAAAUAAAUAAAUUGACCCUUA